AUGAUGGACGUCGUGAAAACAGAACGCAACCUGGCGAUGGUUGAUGACUGCACCACGAAUGAUGCAAGCGGCGCUAGCUUGAUCGGCGUCAACGCUGUUGGCCCUAUGGUCAGUAAUGCGGGUAGUGGCGCAGGCGGCGGCGGAACUGCUCCCGUAACCCCAAAAGAAUCAACAAAAUCUCAAAGCGUCCGCCGAACGGUCACCAAGCCGAUCUUUGAGAAAGACAAGUACAGCUUCCUGUGCGAUCUGCAAAUGUUCCACGACAAAAAUGGGACACCAUUUGCGAAACUUCCCAAGAUAAGUGGCCGCGACGUUGAUCUACACAAACUCUACUCGGUCGUCAUAAGUCGCGGAGGAUGGAUGAAGGUUAAUGCCCGUGAAGAUUGGGACGAAGUGAUUGAAGAGCUCGAUCUGCCGACGCGAUGUGUGAACAAUGAGAUCGCACUGAAGCAGAUCUACAUUCGCUUUCUGGAUCGCUACGAACGAGUAAACUAUCAUGGCGAAGAUAAGGACCCGGGCGAUGAUGAGGACGACGAGAAGCGGUUACAUCGGCGCUGGACGGUCCGGGCACUGCACACCACACCGAGUGUGUACAACCACCACCAGCACAACGUCCCGGAAGCGCUCCGCUCGUCGUUGAAGCUGUCCGAAGAUCUGUACCGUGCCUCGGAGUACGAUAAGCUGAUCCUGUCCCUGCUGUCACCGUUACCGAACGAGCAAGACUUUGCCAUCAACGUGUGUACGCUGAUGUCGAACGAGAACAAGCACACGCUCAAGAUCGAUCGCUGCCCGCGGUUGGUGUACGCACUGUUGGCGCAUGCUGGCGUUUUCAAUCACUUUACGCUGCGCGACACCUUCGAUGAGUACUAUUCGAACAUCCGGAAGAACUCGCUGCAGCGCUUUUGGAGGGAGUGUCUGUUCGAGAAACCGCAAGUGUUCGAGCUUUCGAUGGAAGAUUACUUCGCCAAAAUGGACACCGAUCCGAGUGCACUGAUUGCCAGUAUCUACCGGGAGGAAGAGCAGCAAGAGGAAGACGCGGAGGACGACAAGGAAAAUGACGCCGACACAGACCACACCGAAGUGGCUCCCAGUCGGCUCAAUAUGGCCACGCUGCGAACGUUCCUGUGCCUCGGGACGGGGCUCGGAACGAACGACUACAUCGGCCAACGGGUGCUGCAGAUUGCGUCAAUCUUUCGCAAUCUGAGCUUCAACGAAGAAAACCUUUCGCUCCUUGGCCGCAAUCGUACGUUCAUCCGCUUUCUCAUCAUGUGCUCCAACGCGCGCUGGAACAACCUGCACCACCUUGGGCUCGAUAUGCUCGGAAACAUUGCCAACGAGAUCGACGUGAACGACCCGCAAUCGGACGAAAUCACGCGCUGUCUUCUGUCCACCGUCUCCGAGGGAUUGGAAGGUGCCGAUCGCGGUGUCAUUAUCAGCUGCCUGGAGGUGCUGAGUAAACUGGCACAGAAAGAAGCGAACGAGGACAAUCUAAAUCGCUGCCUCAACCAGCAGCUGUACGAUCAGAUAACGCUCUUUCUCUUUCUGAACGACAUCAUGCUGCUGCUCUACACCCUCGAGUGUAUCUACUCCCUGACGUCGAUGGGCGAAAAACCGUGCCAAGCGAUCAUGCACGUUCGGGGUGUGCUCGAUACGCUCGUUUCGCUCGUGACGGUGGAGGCGCAAAGUUACGGGCCGGACGCCUGUAUACUGAUGCGUGUCGUAGAAACCAUCCCGGGCAAUAUGGCUGGCCCUCAGGGGCCGUUCCAGCCGGCAACGCCACCGCACGGUGCUUCUAUGCAUACCAAUCCCGUGCCAACAAUGGCCCAGCUUACCGUUCACAAAGAUGCACCAUCCGGAACGGUUUAUUCGACACCGGAAGUGCCGAAAGUUCCAAACGCCAGCAACAGCCCUACCGUUGGCAGCAAUAAACCCAUGCCCGCCCUUUCCGUGACUCAAAUGGUCACUUCACAGCCAGCUUCCCCUGCCACGGGCAACCAAAUGAUCACACGUCCACCGGCGGCUGACUCGCCUCAAGUUUCUGUCAACAUUAUUGCGCGGCCCGAUUCGAUGGCAGCCAACACAGACGGUAGCCGGACGGUAGUCUCCGGAACGACGGUAACUGGCGCAUCCGUCACCCAACCACCGACCAGUUCUCUGGCCGCAAAGCACAUGCAGCAGCAGCAAGUGCAGGAGAGUGAACAGUUUGCCUGUGCCUGGCUGAGAGCAUCGUUCGAGAUGCACACGGCACCGGCCAUCCGGACCGAUCAACAGGAGGUCUACAAACUGUACAUGGCGACGAAUGCGAAACUCGGUCGAAAGGUGAUCGUACCACCGUCACACUUUCCACGCUGCGUCCGCACCGUGUUCGGAGCCUCGGUUGGUCCGGUGCAGUUUAAGAUGGAACAGAACGGCGUUGAGUCGAUCAGCACGUUCUACGAGGGGCUAAAGGUGCGCGCGAAACCCUUGUCCAUUGUCCACAAGGGCACGGUGCUGACGCCCAACAUUGAAUAUGUAACCGCUAGCUCCGCUUUGAGUAGCGCUGCGCCACCAGACUGUGCCGUCGGCCCAAAACAGGUUCCCAAUGCUGGCACCACGGCAGCAGCAGCAGCCACAUCCUCUACAACCACUCUCACGACGGUUCCGAUCGAUGUUUUCCCAAACGGAAGCCGAUUGGCCACGGCAUCGGUCGUAUGCUCGGCGAAAGGGCCAUCGUUGCCGGUACCGUCGCUUACUUUCACAACGCCCACCACGGUAGCGACGACCGUACGAUCGUCUUCCGUUAUAGCAACGGCACCGCCGGCCUCAUCGGCAACAUCCCAAUCCGUUCAAAAGACCCCCCCGUCACACACUCCAACGAUCACCACGCAACCGCCCAAGACGCACAUCUCGAAGCACCUGGCACCGCCGUAUAGUUCGACACCGGGCACGGUCACGGUAACAGCCGCCGCACCAUCCUCCACCAAGCAGCAGCAGCUAAUAGUGACACAGGUCGGCGGCAAGAGCGUGCUUAUCAAUCAGCCCACGGCCACCACCGGCGGUCAACAGCAACAGUACCUUCCGCCGACACCGUCGUCUCCACUGUUGCAGCAGGUGCUUAGUGGGGAGCAGAAGAACAACGUGAUUGUCCUGAACCAGACAACCAUCUCACCGCACCCAGCACCACAGAGCACAACCCCAUUGCUUCAGCACCAACCAGGGCAAGGUAGUGUGAGUGUGCAGCAACACCAUCACCAUAGCACCGGCACAACGACGAUCAUGAACCAGUCGGGCACGAUCUCUUCGACGACGACCAAUCCGUCGGCUCUCAUCAAGAGCUUACUGGCGAACAAGGUAACGACGAGCGCGGUUCCCGAAAGCACGCUCGCCACCGCCGUCGCCACUGCCGCUGCUGCUGCUGCUGCCACUACUCCUUCCAGUAGUUUGUCUACUACCAACAUUACUCCUACUACCAAUUGUUUGAUUGCACCGAAUGUGAAUGUGCGUCAGGUCACCCAGCGGCAGCAACUACAGAAGCAAAAACAAAUGAUCGAGCAAAAACUUCCGGGAGGAGCGAACGCGUCGGUUGUGGUGACCUCGAACAAUCCGAACAAUUUGACCAACAUUAAAGUGGGCAACUCGACCAUCUCGAUCAAGCCAGGCACGUUGCCAACGAACACCGUGAUCACGGCCACGAAUCCACACGAGGCACUCAACGCUCCGCCGCCCUUGGCCCCCCUGAGCCAACCGGGUAGCCAGGGUACGCUCAUCAAAACGAUCAUGCAAAACGAAGCGGCGUCCCAGAUGCACCAGCAAAAGUUGCUUCCGAAUAAGGUGCUCUCGGAGCUUCUGGAGAAGAAACCGGGCGAAAUGAUCAUUGCCGGUGAAACGACGAUCAAGCGUAAGAUCGAUGUCGAUGCAACGGCCGAACCACCCGUCAAGCGGAUUGAGGUGGCCGGUGGUGAGAGCGGCAAAGUGAAGGCUGCUGAUCUGUACGCCGAACUGGCAGGUUCCAUACUGGCCGGUGAAGAGCUAGAGGAUUCCGAUACCCGUGCUGCCCGAGAAGCGGAACAGUUGAAAUUGAAGCUUCAACUACAACAACAGCAACAACAACAACUGCAGCAACAGCAGCUUCAGCAACAACUGCAGCAUCAACAGCAACAACAGCAGCAACAGCAGUUUUUGCAACAGCAAUUACAGCAGCAGCAGCAGCAGCAGCAACAACAACAGCAGCAAAUGAUUUCGAUGCCCGUUCCGAUGCAAAGACAAAUCAUCGUUACACCAAACAGUGGUGGGACGCCUCAGAUGAUCAUAUCGGCCCCGCCAUCCGCGACCAACCCUCACCAACAGCAGCAUUUGACUUCGCAAACGACGGCCACUAUCAAAACGGACAGCGGCUACCAAACGGUACCGAUAAUCUUGCAGCACAAUGCAGCGAUUACCCAAGGAUCGCUUCAGAUACAGAAGACGUCCGGUACUUCCGCGGGUCCUCUGAUGCAACAGGCCGUCAUUUCCGCACAAACACCGCAACCGCCACCGACUCAGUACAUUCUGGCCACGAAUCCACAGGGUCAAACGUACGUCGUAGCACAGCAAGCGCCUGCGCCACAGUCGCAACCUCAGCUUCAGCAAACCGUGUUGCUAGCCCAGGGAUCGUCUCCGCAUCACAUGGUGGCCCAGCAGCAUAGUUCGUCGCAAAAAACGAUCAUCAUCGUACAACAACCGCAACAGCAGCAACCCCAAGCGGCCCUGCAGCAAGCACCGCAGCAGCAGCAACAAUCGCUCGUACCGGCCGUCGUUAGUCAACAACAGCCCCAGAUUCACAGUGUUCAGGCAACAGCCUUCCAAGCGCAACAAAUCGCCGCAAUGCAAGCGCAAGCGGCGGGAGGAACGCAAAAAAUCUUCGUUAACCAGCAAGGUCAACAAAUUCUCAUGACUCAACUACCGCGCCAGGUAAUUGUUAGCCACGCCGGUAUGGCGAUGGGCGGUGGGAACCCGCCCGGAACUGCCAUUUUCACCUCGGCAGCCCUAUCGUCGCAUUUGUCGGCCGCGACCACCACUUCAACCGCUGGUACCAUGCUUCCCGCGGCGGGAACAUCCAGCUCGGUCGGAGCAGGGACGAUCAUCGAAAAGAAACCAAUCUACAUCACGACGAACGCACAGGGCAACACGAUCAGCUUUGAGGGCCCCCCGCAGCAGCUGCAAGUACAAACGUCGGCCAGUGGUCAACUGCAACUGAAACAUAUCGGACCCGGCACGCAGGUUGUGAACGCCGGAGGGCACAUAAUACAGCAAACUGCCACCGGCCAACAGACAAUACAAUUCAUUCAGCAGGGACCAUCUUCCCAGCAGCUGCAACAGCAGCCGCAAGCAACGCAGCAAAUUGUGUUCCAGUCACAAUCAUCACCCGGACCGGCGCAAAUUAUCCAGCAGCAAAUCAUACAGCCGGCCCCCGGCCAGCAACCGCAACAGAUCAUCCAAAAGGUGCUCCAACAGCAUUUAGCACAAGCGACCAAACCGAAUCAAUCGCAAAUCAUAACCAUGCAAAAGCAGACAACCCAGCAAACGGUAACGAUCGGGCCUCCGUCGAGCAUCUCGAUCCAGCGUCAGUCCGGCGGCAUAGUUCUCCCACCCAAAACGGUCACCACCAGCACGCCAUUAUCAGCGACUUCGAAACAGCAAAUCAUUCAAGUUGUUCAGCAGAAACUAACGACGAAUGCCGUCAGUGGUGCCACCAUGACUUCGCAGCAGCAGCAGCAGCAGCAAGCCUUCGUCACUCAGCGUCCCAUUCUGCCGUCCGUGCCACAAACGACAACAAUCAGUCAAACGGUGGUUGUGCCAGGCAGUGGCACAGGAGGACCCAUGCCAACACCGGCACCAAUGCAAUCGAUUUCGGUCACACCAGUCCAGCCGACGCCAGCACCACCUGCGGUGGCAGCGACAACACCCAACGCAGCAGCGCCAACGACAACAACCGGUGGAUCACCCUCGACCACUCCGGGCCCGGCUAUGGCAAACACUGGUGUCCCCACGGCGGCCCCCAGCACAACCCCAGUAACGACAUCUGGUGCCGUAAGCCCACCGCAAGCAAAUGUGGCCGCCCAACCCGGAAUCCAAAUGAUACCACCUGCCGAUCCGCAAAAGUUCGUCGAAGAGGAAGACGUCGAUCCGAGCUGGCCGUGGAUUUGCGAUUGGCGUGGUUGCCCGAGAAAAAAGUUCAACUCGGCCACGGAAGUAUUUCGACACGCGUGCCUCGUCCACUGUCCGGACACGGUCGACCUUAGCGCGGACAUCUACUGCCAGUGGGGCCCGGGGGCUAGUUUGUGUGACAAUUUACCGCGCAAGCGCUUCUCGCUGAUGACGCACAUCUUCGAUCGACACUGCACGGCAGAGUCAUUUAAGGCAGCGGUUCAGAGGAGACUUUCGGGGGGCCCACAGCACCCACCGCAGCCAUAUCCGGUGACGCUAAUCCGUCAACCGACUGUCACUGGCGGUGCAAAUGCUACGAUUCGGACGGUGGGCGUAUCGGGAGCCAGCAACACAUCAACCGGUGGUCGAGGAUCGCCAGCGCCAGCGACGUGCACAAAGAUUGAUCCUUCGACUGGUUCUGAAGGAACUGGAUCGGCCCCGGCAGCCGGAGGGUCACCAUCCAGCACGAACGGACCGGGGCAACUGUCAGCGGCCGGUCCUGCCGCCCUGCACGCAAUCAAACGCCACACGCUGGAAUACGUCAACUCGAAAGAAUUUCAGGAUGAAAUGGAGGGCCCCGUGACGAAAAGUAUUCGCCUUACAUCCGCUCUGAUCCUUCGCAAUCUAGUAGUCUACAGCCAUUCGGCCAAACGCAACCUGCGAGCGUACGAAGCACAUCUGGCCGGAGUCGCACUGAGUAACGUCGAAUCGAGCCGAACGGUGGCACAGUUGCUGUUCGAAAUGAACGACACCCAACCCAACUACUAAUGAACACGCAUUUGAUUUCUAGUGUUAGAUCUUCGUAAGCUAGCGCUACCUUUUGCUCUUUAAAAAUCGCCUUACAGUGAGCGUCUGAAGCUCGCCGAGCUGAAAAAUGCAUUUUAUUUUAAAUGUGAAAACAAACAUGAAAGAGUUUAGUCAGAAAGAGUGUAACUAAUAAAGUUGAACCUGACACAGUAAAUAACGAA